GAUAGCCGUACUAAAUUCUUAUGAGCGAAUCACCAUGAAAUCUAAAGAUUUCAACGAGAUUUACAGAGGAGGCAAUACAAGGGCGAAUAUUUUCAGAGCACCUUACAAUUACCAGCAAGACACAAUCACGGUCACAUAUGACCAUUAUUUAGUUUUCCCGCAAUCCACUAACUUCAUCAUCCGAUUCAGCCUUGAAGCAAACCCAAUGUAUACCAGUGCUCCUGGCGACAUGACUACCACUAAGAGUGAACCGACUAGCAGACCUGGUACCAGAACUCCAGAUGAACUAACGACCAUGAAGAGUGGAGCGACCAGCGGACCGGAUACAAGCGUUCCUGACAAGCUGACUACCACUAGGAUUGAACCGACUCGCGGACCUGGUGCCAUAACUCCGGAUGAACUAACUACCAUAAAGAGUGGAGCGACCAGCGGACCGGAUACAAGCGUUCCUGACAAGCUGACUACCGCUAGGAGUGAACCGACUAGCGGACCUGGUACCAGAACUCCAGAUGAACUAACUACCAUAAAGAGUGGAGCGACCAGCGGACCGGAUACAAGCGUUCCUGACAAGCUGACUACCACUAGGAGUGAACCGACUAGCGGACCUGGUACCAGAACUCCAGAUGAAUUCACUACCAUGAAGAGUGGAGCGACCAGCGGACCGGAUACAAGCGUUCCUGACAAGCUGACUACCACUUGGAGUGAACCGACUAGCGGACCUGGUACUAGAACUCUAGAUGAACUAACGACCAUAAAGAGUGGAGAGACUAGAGGACCCUAUGAACGUACUGACCCAAUAGUCGACUCGACAACUUCAAGGGCCGGUCAUACUCCUAAGAGCGUGUUAGGUAUCUUGAUCGGGAUGGUAGUUGCUUCUCUUGUCUCUGUUUAAAUCAACAUUUAUUCACCAGUAAUCAAACGACGAGGAACAUACAAACAAAGAUUCUUAGACUAUGGGGCUAUACGUCACUUUGAAUAUGAUAUUGACAUAAUCAUCGAAUGUUGACAAAAUCUUUACAAUGAGAAAUAUUUCUAUGCAAAUAUCGACAAUCCGACAAGUAGGAAAGGAACUCAAUUGAAGAUCCUAUAUGGUCCGUAUCAAGAAAGUGCCGGAGUUAUAUUUACUUACUUUCUCUGAUUGUGAAUCUGUUAAGCUUCCAUUAUGGUCUUUUCAAAGUAUGUGCUGUACUGAUAUCUUAAAAAGGAGAAAUAAUUUAAGAAUCCCAUCAGCAUGGACUAUCGAUUAUCAUUGUUUGUAACACUAGUUAUGUGAAUAGUUGGGUAAAAUAACCGCUAUAUCCUUAAAAGACCCAUAUUGCCCUCGUGUAGAGACUCUGGCCAAUAUGACUCUUCUGCUGGAAAUAUAUUUGAUGUUCGCCUCAAGGCCAGUCAAUAUUAUAAAAUUGUCCUAUUUUGCACUUCAACAUUACGGAGACGCGAUAGCUCAGAGCGGGGGUUUCGGAUUCCGGUGACCCGGUUUCGAUUCCCCUCGGGGGGGGGGGGGGUA